AUGAGUGCCACGGCCAUUGAUCCCUCGCAUGCUGUACGACUGGGCCCUCCUUCACCGAUGUCCCUGCCAUCCUCCACUGACAUCCCUGAGGUGAUUAAGCCUAGCAAAGAAUGGGUGCUGCCUGCGCGUGGCAAACCAGGUCGAAAGCCUUCCGCGUCAGUUCCUUUGACAAAGCGCAAGGCACAAAAUCGAGCUUCGCAACGUGCUUUCCGUGAACGACGCUCUGCGUACGUGACAGAGCUUGAACAAAAAGUGGCGCAAUACGAAGCACGCGAAAUUGAAGCCAACAUUCAAAUGCAACGGAUUGCGCAGCAGUAUAAAGAAGAGGCAACGGUACUCCGAUCAGCCAACGAAGAACUUAAGGCACGGUGUGAGCAGUUGGAAAAACAAAUGCAGGCGCUUCUUCCCUCCAAAAUCAAGUCCUCUCCCACCCAAAGUCACCAGUCCAUGUCGCCUCCCACGAUACCCACACCGACAUGUGCCAAACCAGACCCUACCUUGGAGCAUGGAUCGUCGUAUCCGUUGUCGUCCCUCCCUCUCAAGGUGUCACCGCACGCAAAGUCUGCAUCCAGCCCGCAGACGCGCGCGCCGAUGGCGUCGGUUACAUCGCCUUCUUCGAAAUCACUUCCGACAGCCGGCUCUGUCACAGAUGGGGCUCCUUACAUGCAGGAUGCCGAAGAAGAUGAUAUGGAAAUUGACUGUGGUUUUUGCACUGAUGCUGAAGUGUGCGUAUGCCGUGGUCAAGCCCGUCUAGAUUUGGGUGAGGCAGCAUCCAAUCCCCCCCCUUCCUCGACGUCGACGUCAGUCAAGCUCACUGCUUUGCCACUCCGCACCAUGCACAAGCCACGUUUGUGGACAACGACAUUGGAGAGCGAGACGCCGCCCAAGCUGGCUUCCGCGCUGCCGUACUCUGUACAAGGACGUUCUACGGGGAAUCGCAGUGCGCCACGCGCUCGCCUAUGGCCGUAUACAGAUGCCCGCGCACCCCCGUCUACUCCAUCGUCCACGUCCUCGUCAACAGGAAUGAUGUGUACCGGCGAUCCACGCCACUGCCGCGCCUGCAAUUCCGAUCCUGCCUUGGCGGAAUUCUGCACGGAAGUUCAGCGGACGAUUCGUUGGCCCACGUCCACGCAGCGGCAAGGGACUCCCCUUCGUCAAGAUAGUCAGGAAGAAGGAGAGUCGAUCCCUCAUGCCUUUGGUCGCCUGCGUAACCAUCCCAACUUUUCCUCAUGGCGCGGUGGCCUGGAUAUCCUGGCCGAAGUGGUGGCGCGUGAUCCUGUGAGUCAUCAAAUAUCAAAAGCUUGUGAAUCGACCGCUCAGCCCACCUCCGCGUCAGAGCUGCCAUCCACGGAGCGCCAGAAGCCCUACAUCAUAGUACGCGAAGAGGCUGUGUCGGAGGCUUUGUCCAUGCUCGACAAGCCAGAUACGGCCACGGCGUCGUCGCCUACGACGAACCAAGCAGCCCCUUCCCGCCGGCCAUGGCCACGUUAA